AUGGCUGUAGCAGCUUAUGCAUCUCUGCGUUCGCUUAUGCAAGUUUUGGACAAUGUCCAGCAUCCUGCUCGUCGUGGUCAGCUUCGUGUCGAUGCAGAUCGAGUUCAGAGCCUGCAGGAAAAACUCCAGUUCUUGGUUGACUUUCUAGAACAUCGUUCACAAAGAAUGACCCAAGAAAUGGAAGGUCUAGCGGGCCAAAUCGUUGCUGCUGCCGAUGAAGCAGAAGAUUUCAUUGACACCCAUGUGGUGGAUCAACUUCGUGAAGCAUCUGAAGAUGAAAGUUAUCAGUUGGCUGUCUUCUCAUCUUUCUGUCAAGAUAUAGACAAAGUAACUGAAAAGAUUGAUGCCAUCACGAAAGAGUUGAUGAUGAUUGAAGAGGAAUGGGGCAACGCCCAAGAGCAGAAGCCUGUAGUUUCUAAUUUGCCCACCAGUUCGGAAGCACUUCCUUCAAGUGGCAAGAACACUAUUAUUGGAUUCGAUGAACACUUGCUCCAGGUCGUGGAUGAGCUUACUAGAGAUGAAUCUAGUCUUCAGGUACUACCACUUGUCGGGAUGGGAGGCACUGGUAAGACUAUUUUAGCUAGAAAUAUUUUUGAUCAUUCAUAUGUUGUUCACCGUUUUGAUAAACGAAUUUGGUUCACAAUAUCUCAAAAGUAUAGUGUGCAUGAAAUUCUUGCCCGUCUUCUUAAUGAUGGAAAAGACAAAGAGGUUAGUGAAACUUCAGCUGAAUUAGGUGAACGGUUAUACAAAAAUUUAUUUGGUCAACGGUAUCUGAUCGUUAUGGAUGGUGUGUGGAGUGCCGAAGCAUGGGAUGCUUUAAAGUUGUUCUUUCCAGAUAAUAGGAAUGGAAGUCGGGUUAUGAUGACCACUAGGCUGUUGAAUGUGGCUGAUGUUUUAGGCUCUCAAAGACCUCAUUUGAUGGAUUUUCUUGAUGAAGAUAAAAGUUGGAAUUUGUUUUGUCACAAAGCUUUUGCACAGGAAGGUUGCCCAUAUCCGGAACUAGAGGAAAUUGGAAAAAAUAUAGCAAACACUUGUAGAGGACUUCCUCUUACAAUUGUUGUGAUUGGUGGGUUGCUUGCGAAUUCCAACAUGGAACAAGAAUAUUGGGAGUAUGUUGCGAAGAAUGUGAGGUCAUUUGCUAAUGCAGAACAUAACGAACAUUGCUUAAAGAUAUUGGCUUUGAGUUAUCAUAAUUUGCCAAUUUAUCUUAAACCAUGUUUCCUUUAUACGAGAGUUUUCCGUGAAGAUGCUAAGAUCGCAGUCUCCAAACUAACCAAAUUAUGGAUCGGUGAGGGAUUCCUAAAACCGAUAAGAGGUAAAACCUUGGAAGAAGUUGCAAAAGAAUACUUAAAAAAUCUUGUUGAUCGGAAUUUGAUUUUCAUUCAUCGAUGGACGAAAAAGGGUAAACCUAAAGUAUGUGAUGUUCAUGACCUUUUAAGAGAUAUAUGUCGAAAAGAGGCUGAUAAAGAACAUUUUAUUCGUACCCCAAAAGCACAACGGAUUUAUGCUUAUAGAGGGAAUGGUAUCGUGUGCUUCUUGUGUAAUGAUCGAGUCUCACUACAACAAACAAUAGAUGUCCCUGAAAUCGUUGCUGGCUUGCAAUUAACAUCAAAUGCCAGUGGGUUGGUGUGUGAGGCCUGUAAAAGUAUGUACCGAAAUCUUGCCAGAUUAAGAUGGGUGAAGGCGUUUAGCGUGCCCGAUAGAGAGUAUCUGCAACAUACCAAAUUACGGUACGUUGAAAUGGCAUUGGUUAAUACUAUGGACGAUGUGAAGUUUAUAUCUCCAUUUGCAAUGCCUUUACUCUGGGAUCUACAAACUUUAUUUUUCACGUUGGGUGAUGCUCGGCAUCCAACAAUUGUACUACCUAAAAUUUGGGAAAUGCCACAACUUAGGCAUAUUAUCAUGGGCGGUGCUAUUUUACCUGACCCCAUAGACACCCAAGAUUCCCCUAUUUUAGAAAACCUGCAGACACUUUCUUUAAUACAUGACUUCAAAUGUACAAGAGAGGUACUUCACAGAAUCCCAAAUUUAAAAAAAAUGAAAAUUUAUUAUCUCAACAAAGUGGAGGACUGGUCAUCUUAUUGUCUCUACAACCUCGUCCAUCUACAUAAGCUUGAAUCAUUGUACGUCAGAGCUAAAGAUUUAUCAUUGAAGAACAUGGGCUUCCCGACUUCACUUAAAAAGUUGGAAUUGUACGAGUGCAAAGUUCCUUGGGAAGAUAUGAUAAUUAUUGGUUCGUUGCCGAAUCUUGAAGUGCUUAUGCUGAAAGGUUGUGGGUUCAAAGGGUCGGAGUGGAAUCCAAUUGAAGGGCAAUUUCCUCGAUUGAAAGUGUUGGAGCUUUCAAUGAGCAAUUUGGAGUGUUGGAGAGCAGAAAAUGUCCAUUUUCCAAAUCUUGAGAAGCUUUCUCUUCGGCUCAUGGAUGAUUUGGAGGAGAUCCCUUCUGGUAUUGGAUAUAUAGCAACUCUUGGUUUAAUUGAGGUGUAUUACUGCAGUGACUCUAUUGUCAACUCAGCAAUGCAAAUACUGGAGGAGCAACGGAGCAAUGGGAAUGAGGAUCUUCAUGUUUAUGUUCAUUCAUUCUCUUUUACUUAUCAUUCCUAA